AUGCACCUGUCCGUGCUGUGUGCGUCCGUCUUCGGACUGUGUCACCUCCACCUGUGGAUGUGCUCUUGCCAAGUCUCUGACUUCAGCCUGGAUGGUGACUACCUGAUUGGGGGGCUGUUCCCUGUGCACUACUCAGACAGCUCAACUCUGGAAAAGAGACCCAUCACCAUCAAGUGUGAUGAGUAUCCAUUCUUCCUUACAGGCUAUCAUUUACUUCAGGUGAUGAGAUUUGCAGUGGAGGAGAUCAACAACUCCACCUCCAUCCUGCCUAACGUCACCCUUGGUUACCAGAUCUUUGACCACUGCUCCGAUGCACACAACUUCCCCUCCAUUCUCCAACUCUUCUCCACCAACACGUCCAUUCAAGCCAGACAGAACUACAACCAGCACUUGCCAAAAGUCAUUGGCUUCACUGGUCCAUUGAGCAGCUCAGAGAGUGCCACCCUCUCUCCUCUCUUCAUGAUGGAUCUCAUUCCAAUGGUUAGUUAUGGAGCGUCAAGCAGCAUAUUCAGUGAAAAACGGGUGUAUCCCUCCUUCUUAAGGACCGUACCGAGCAACAAAGAUCUGAUCGCUCUCAUAAUUCACAUCAUCAAGUAUUUCGACUGGAACUGGGUGGCGUUUCUUGGCUCUAGAUCUGACUACAGCCUGGAUGGUGCCCGACUGUUUUAUAAACUGAGUCAGGAAGCAGGAAUCUGCUUAGGCUAUCAAGAAGUUGUGUCUGACUUUUCACAGCUGAAGUCAACAUUCAACAACAUUGAUGCACUUAAUAUUAAAGUCAUUGUGCUCUUCCUUGCUGAGCUGAAGGCCGAGAUGCUCAUCCGCUUGGCAAUCGAAUACAAGUUUCAAGACAAGGUCUGGAUCGCUGGAGAUGCCUGGUCCAUGUACCAACCUCUGACAAAACUGAAUGGCAUUGAGACCAUUGGCACCAUCAUUGGAGUGACGCCAACAGUUGUUGCUCUCCCAGGCUUUGCCGAAUUCAUCCAUCAGUCAAAUCCUGAAGACCAUUGCACCUCUUGCCACGGAGAUGCUGACCAGUCAGAUGAUUCCUUCUGCAAUCAGGCCUGUGCAACCUGUGCCACCAUGAACCCUAAUGAGAUCCUCAGUGAGAGCACUGCUUACGCCUUCUCUGUCCACUCAGCUGUCUACACCAUGGCACGGGCCCUGCACAAUGCUCUUCAGUGCAACCACUCAGCCUGUGAUACCCACCAGCCUGUCUAUCCCUACAAGCUUCUUGAGAAGAUCAGACGUUUGCCCACGUUCUCCUUGAACCAGAUGAAUGUGUCCUUCAACGGAGACGGAGACCCACCUGCCCAUUACUCUGUUGUGCACUGGGACACUACUGAGGCACCUGUGAAGAUCAGACACAUUGGCACCUACAACGACCAUCCUGUGGUCACCCUCACCAUAGACACCACACAGAUCCACUGGUUUGGAGAUGGCUCUGUACCAUACUCCAACUGCUCUGUUGAAUGUCCACCUGGACAUAAACGGGAGCAAACGGGUCUGCAUGAGUGCUGCUUCAUGUGCUGGGAGUGCCCCAAGAACCAGUAUGUCAACCACACAGCUGAUCCAUACUCCUGCCUACCCUGUACACAAUUUGAGUGGUCCAAUCCUGGCAGCACAACAUGUCAGAAGCGCUCUGUGGAGUACCUCCACUACUCUGCUGGAACCUCUGUUCUCCUGCUGCUCGCUGCGUCCCUCCUCAUCCUGCUGUGUGUUGGGGUGGCUGUGCUGUUUGCCCUCCACCGCAACACUCCUGUGGUCCGGUCAGCAGGGGGCAGUAUGUGCUAUCUGAUGCUCAGCUGCAUCGCUGCCUCCACCGUCAGUGUCUUCUACCACUUUGGCAAGCCGACCGCCAUCAGCUGCGCCUUGCAGAAUAUAACCUAUGCCUUCUUCUACACUAUAUGCAUGUCCUGCCUCUUUGUCCGCUCCCUCCAGAUCAUUGCCAUCUUCAAGAUGGCCUCCCACCUACCCAGGGCCCAUGCUCUGUGGGUGAAGUACAGUGGCCAGUGGCUGGUGGUGUCAGGGGUGUCUCUUCUUCAGUUAUUGCUGUGUGUUUUGUGGGUCACAGUCGGCAGGCCCUUUCCUGAGUAUGACUCAUGGUCAUUCAGAGAGAGAGGGGUUAUCCACUGUGUUGAACAAAGUUAUGUUCCUUUAGGCUUUUCUGUAUCCUUUCUGGGGGUUGUAAGCGGUCUCUGUUUCAUCUUUGCCUACAUGGGAACAGACCUGCCCAAGAACUACAAUGAGGCCAAAGCCAUCACGUUUUGUAUCCUGCUGUUUUACCUCAGCUGGGCCAUAUUCAUUACUGCCUACAUAAUGUCCCGCAGCCCUUUGGUGGCUUAUGUGAAAGUUAUGGUACACCUAUCCAGUAUGAGUAGUGUAAUGAUAACCUAUUUCUUCCCGAAGUGUUUUAUAAUUGUCUUACAGCCUCUGAAGAACACUCCAGAAUAUUUUCAAUCGGCCAUCCAAAGUUACACACAGACCAUUAGUAGAACGUAG